CUCUCUAUCUCUUCCGGCCCUUUUAUCCACAACUCCCACCGCCGCUUCGAACCAAACCAAACGCCAUGCUCAUGGCAGUGACAUUGCCAUUGCCCGCCGUGGGCGCGGUCGCCGCGUCGCCGCUAGCUCCGGUUACCGCCACAGGGGCAGCGGCGCCCCUCAGGUCUCGCCCCCUCCGCCCCAUCGCGACUCCAGCCACCACUGCCUCCUCUUCGUACUCUACUUCCGCCUCGGCCGUCUCCAGCACGCCGCCGUCUGCGAGGCAUUCCCGCAAGCACCUGGCGGGCAGAGACGGCGCCUCGGCGAAGCCCGCCAAGUCCCGGGUGUUCUUCCUCGACGUCAACCCGCUCUGCUUUCGCGGCUCCCAGCGCAGCCUCGGCGCCUUCGCGCGCUGGCUCGCGCUCUUCUUCGCGCACGUCAGCCUCCGCGACCCCGUCGUCGCCGUUUUGGACGGGGAGGGAGGGAACGAGUAUCGGAGGCGGCUGCUGCCGUCGUACAAGGCGCACAGGGCUCGCGGCGUCGGCACCGGCGCCGACUCGCGCGUCGUCGACGUUCUCCGCGAGUGCAAUGUCCCGGUUGUCAGAGUCGAUGGGUACGAGGCAGAUGAUGUGGUGGCUACCUUGACAGAGCAGGUUUUACAGAAAGGUUUUAGAGUUGUCAUUGGCUCACCAGACAAGGACUUCAAGCAGCUGAUAUCUGAAGAUGUUCAGUUAGUUAUGCCCAUUCCCGAGAUUGGCCGAUGGUCUUUUUAUACACUAAGGCAUUAUAUCGCGCAAUACAAGUGUGAUCCUACUGCAGAUUUAAGCCUUAGAUGCUUCAUGGGUGAUGAAGGAGACGGUGUUCCAGGAAUCCAGCACUUGGUUCCGGGUUUUGGUCGAAAGACUGCAGUGAAACUACUUAAUAAACAUGGUUCAUUAGAAAACUUGCUCAAUACAGCUGCAAUUAGAACUGUCGGCAAGGAUUAUGCUCAGGAUGCUCUCACUAAGCAUGCAGAUUACUUGCGGAAAAAUUAUGAAGUUCUUAGUCUGAAGAGGGAUGUAAAUGUCCAGCUUGACGACAGAUGGUUAUCCACAAGGAACACAUCCAAUGACACCAGUGUUCUAUCUGACUUCAUCCUUAAAUUUAACGAAGGCAGAAGCUAAAGGCUUGUUUGGCAGAGCUCUAGAUUCAAGAAUUCUUGGAGCUGGUUAUUUUUAGCUUUAGAAAUUUAUGGAGUUGUUGGUACACCGAGGGGGGAUAAUUGCUCAGUUGCCACUCUAAGGAAGUGACAAUUGCUGCUGAGGAUGACAUGCGGGCCGCUUUGAGUCUAUGCAUGUGGAACAAGAUGGCUAAUGAGCAAUUGUCACUUCCUCAGAGUGGCAAAAAAGCGAAUGCCUCUACAAACUUAAGAUAUGAUGUGGAGCUGUGAGGUGGAUACCUACCAAACAGUGCCUAAAUAGCCGGUAUGAUCUAAAUAUUCCACAAGCUGAGUUUCUUCCUCACAGACUGUAUCACUUAACAUGAAAAGAGGGAUGUAUAAAUGUUGAAGGAGCCAGUUAGCUGAAAUUUUUGGGUAUACUAUUUCCUUGCUCCAAAGUAGUUGUGGUCGCACAUUCUUGCCAGUAGUAAUGUGUGGAAAUGGAGUAGUCUACCUAGGUUCAGGCUAGCUGCAAAAUAGAAGCUUGGAAGGCCUGUCUUGAUGGGUCCUUUAUAUCCGGAACAAGCUUAAAGAAUGGUCAGGAACAAGCUGCAAUUAUAGUACUAUGAUCCAUCGAGUACCUUGCCAGGAGAUUCCUGAUGGAGUACUUUCUUCUGGUAGCUGCUCGUUGAUGUAUAUCAUUAGAUACAAGCAGUUUGUUGUAAGUUUGUACUAACAUAUAUUUGUAAUUUCAAGCUGGCAAGCUGCCAACUGUUAGCGUCAGCAUCGAAAGUUUAUUCAUGCCAUGAGAAGCACAAAUGUGCGACCCUACUC